CAGCAGCAGCAGCACAGAAGGGGGCUGGUGUCUCUGCCGUGGACGAGCCCACGGAUGAGGAGCUGCUGGAGGCCACACAGGACCACAACGAGCCCCUGCAACCUCCAGCAGCCAUGGAGGUGACGGCCGAGACACCAGCUCCCGCGCCACAUCCUGGAGCUGCCAGUCCCCCGCCACCUGGAGUGCAGGAGUUGACGGAGCCAGCCGUCCUCCCUCCCCCGCCUCCUGCUGGCAGUUCUGAGCUGCUGCCUGCGUCCUGGCGGGCAGCUCUCACUGCGGAGCAGCAGCAGUGGAUCGGCCGGGUGCUGUUUACCAGGAGCAGCAAGGGGAGGUCCCAGCUCAUCAAGGAGCUGAACGUAUGGUGGUACCCUCCCCAGACCCGGCCGAUCUACACCCAGCCUCCCGCGUCCCCCGACCCCUUCUUUGCAUGUCGGCUGUUCCUGUGGAUGCCACACAGGAUCUGGCAUCUGCAGCUGACAUGCCCCCAGCCUUUGUGCACCGGUACCAUGACAAAGGCUGGGCUGUACAGGACCAUCCAGAGGGUCCUGGACAUCGACGGCUGGUAUCUCAUGGCCACUGAGUACCUAGAGUGCCGUCGGUGUAAGAAGAAGGUCGGAGGGUGGUCACAGGGCAUCAUCAGGCAGCUGUCCCCCACGUACAGCUGCCAAUUCCCAGCUGUACUUACGUACAAGCUGUCCUGUGACCUUAGGGUGGUCGCACAGCUGAGGUCUCGCACUCUGGGCAACAGUGCUUCUCGGCUGGCGCACUCCGAUGCCUGGAUGCGGAGAGCUAUCGCGUACAUCGGCGUGUUCUACAGCCAUGACGUCCUGACGCGGCUGGAGGAGUACAAGGCCAGGAUCACGUCCACCUUGGGAUCCAUCCUAAAGAUGGAUUCCACUAAGAAGGUGACGAAAAAGCUCGCAGGUACCGCUGAAGACACGGCCGCCUGGGUUACCAACGUGGGUAACGAGCACGGGCAGGUCCUCAUCAGUGUCCUCACCUGCUCCGAGGGCACCGAGGGCCUGUCCGCCAUGGCGGUCGGGUUGAUGAGGCGGUACCGACGCGCCGGGGUACGUCCCCCCCAGCUGAUCUACGUGGAUCGUGACUGCUGCAGCCGAGACGGCGUGUCGAAGACCGCUGCCUUGUUUCAGGUGUGAAACUGAGACUG